GCUCCACUUACGAUAACCACGCUCUCCCUUCUCACCCUAACCCAUCCUCUCGACCCGCAUUGUUCCCUUCCCUGGAGCCGAAGAGAAGACCUGCUGCUGGUUAAAGUUUCUGAAAAAUAGACCAGAGGUUCUGCAUGGUGGAGCGCGUUCUCAAGACUUUGCUGAACUGAGGCUAAGUCAUCCACUCAUCACCUUUUUGAAUGGAUAAACCUGAGUGGCACAAGGUGGCUGCUUUCGAUCAGAGGAAUGUUGAUUUUGAUCUUUGCAACCUAAAAGAGUUCUAUGGAAGUGUAAAUAUGAAAAAAGAAUAAGACAUCCUGGACCUGAAUCAAGUCAGGACAUCUCCCGUACUUGCAGGGCAAGGGCUUGCGAUUAUUUUAAUGACAAGAAUCAGGAGUCCUGCCCUCGCUCCUUGCCAGUGAUGAUGAUGGACUUACCCAGCCAGCACUUGUCUGAGGAGGUCAGCUGAAGACGACGCCACGCAGCUAAGUCUGGAUUAGCCGGCCGAACGAGUUUCAAUGCUCCUCCACGUUCUAAGAUGAAGUUAUGGAAAGGUGCUACUUUUGCUUUCAUGCUCUGUGGUGCAGCCCUGUCCACCAUCCUCAUUAGAAACAUGACCACUAUUGGACAGUUUAAACUCAAGACAAAACAUCCAAACGCAUCUUCGCCCUCAUCGAGAGAUUCCUCGCCAUCAGAAUCAACAUCGAGAACACCUUCUUCAGCAGAUUCAAGAGCACUGUCGCAGCAGACAGGAGGACUUCAUAGGAAGAUCCGCUCAGCAGACAACAACAUGAACACGCUCCUGUCAGAGUUUUCCAUGAUGCUCCAGAGCUUCACAGAGGGCGAGCUUCAACACGUGGUUCAAACGUUGCUAGACAGGAAGAGAACGAAAAGCCAGCCUGCUGGCAAGAAGCAGCCCAGAAGGACUAAAAGAGCCCACAGGCCUAAACAAUGCUCUCUGAGGACACUGAACCUGAAAGUGAGUCAACUGGGUCUCGGCUAUGAGAGCGGGGAGACAGUUAAGGUGCACUACUGUACUGGUAAAUGCACCGCCUCCCGGAAGAAUUACGACAUGGCCAUGGAGCACGUGGUUCGGACACGCUUCAAACAGCGGGGUCUAAGGCACAAAGUUAGUGGACCCUGCUGCAGACCCACUGAAUAUGAUAUGGACUUGCGCUUUCUGGGCGACGACCUCCAAUAUCAUGUGAUAAAGAAUGUGUCAGCAAAGGCAUGUCAGUGUGUAUGACCCAGAGCAGAAGACUUCCAAUUUCUUUACACUGCUCUCAGCCUCUGUUGGAAAACUCAAACAUGGAUGCUGUUAAAGAUAAACAAUGGAAAACAAAAAGCUCAAAGAGAGGAGGAAACUAUUGGAAUAUGUUUAUGGCUGCUCCACGGAAACGUUUUUGGGCCUGUCACCCCGUUAGGACCAAAUCACAUGGCCAGUGAGGGGUGUGGUGUGUCUGAAUUCCACAGAAAAUGAAAAAAGAUAAAAGAAGAAAAAAAAAGCUCAUACCAAAAACAUCUUUUCUAUCUGUGUGGUAACACUGUAAACCAUGGUGUAACAACAAUUUAGCAACAUUGUGUUCAUGGCAUUUGAGUAGUUUUACAUGUGUUAGACUCAUAAUGAUGACCCAGGGUGGAUUAGACAGUUGCUGCUACUGCACUUCUUACCCACAUUUGUCCAAUUCCAGGAGUUUACAGAGCAAUAAUUUAAAAAAAAAAAAAAAAGAAAAAAAAGAAAACUGUUAAAAA